UGACAGUCGUUGAAGUGCCCCUCGAUGUUCGCUUUUCAGACUUAUAUUAAAGCUUAUCCCGGACUAGAAAGUCAAAGUAGUGAAUAAAAACCACACGACCACUACUGUCUUCACCUCUAAUAUCAUCCCAAAGAACAGCAGCAACAUCAGCAUGACCAUGAGCGGCCUGAAACUUUUUUCCCUGCUUUUUCUGUGGCGUAGCCUGAAUGGCGCACUGCUUGCCACGAGUUUAUGGGGUUCCCCAACGUUACGUUCUCAACCGUAGUUACAUGAAUUUGUCAUGCAAAAGCACUAUCAUCAUCCACACGAUCUAGCUGCUUCGCAUGACAAAUUUGCGAAAGGCUAGACACCACCUAAAUCGGUGCGGAAUUUGCAGUGCUACAGGUGCAACCUCCCCGCUUUCACUUUUCCCAUUCUUGCAUCACAAAUCAAUGUAACGGUUGAGAAUGUAACAUUUGAGAACGCCAUAGAGUUUUGCGCCAGACGAGCAGUGGCAAAGCCUGGAGAUCGCGCACCGGUGGGUCUUCGGCGUCGGGCACUACACCUGGGAAUGGGACAAUUGCUACCAGCUGCGGAAUUGGGUGCACCCGCUGAUUUUUGUCGCCUAUUACAAGGCAGUACACCUGGUUUUCGGAGUACUCUCCUACGCAGCCGAGGUGGAGGACAUCUUCAACUUCGUUGCUUCCCACGUCGAAGGUGGCAACAAUUCUAACUACUCAGCGGGAGGAGUUCUCAUGAUGUUCCUCCGAGCCCCGUGGUCCUUCCUGACCAACGUGUACUACUUCUUUUUCAUGCUCCCAGCUGACACGUUAUGAGAGUGCAGGUGCACAGCUCCCCCUCGUUCUCAUUUCUCAUGCAAAAUCCACAAUUCCAGUUGCUCCCUUGCGUCACUAUUAUGCAUGGCACAUUUCGAAAGCCCAAACGCGGCUAUUACUCAAUAGAUACAUAAAUUUGUCAUGCACAGGCUUUAGGGUCGCUGGCGUGGUUUGUCUCGCUGUUCAUGCAAUAAGUAGGGGGGGGGGCUGUGCACUGUCAUACAAGCUGCGAAUGUUCCUACCCCGACGGUGGACCCACAUGUUAUUCGGCGGCGCGGUGGCGAGUUUGUCAUCAUCUUCGGGAGCUGCACCAGGCGGGGUUGCAGCUGCGACCACAACUCAGCCGUGGCUUCCGUACCUGGAGAAUUAUCUGAUCGCCUACGGGCCAAGGGUUUUGGUGCAGGCGGUGAUUGCUGCGCUCACGGAAUACUACCUGUACCGCUUCGCCCAGUACGUGUUCCAGAAAGACCUCUUCCGGUGCAACAUGGUUUUGGUGUGCUCCCUAGGCAUUGCAAAUAUGUCUGGGUCUGGAAGGAUGCAAUUUUUGUCAUGCUUGUAUGGCAUGACCAAAGAGUUUGUGAUGCGUGUCCAAGAAGAGACCCUUUGGCUUAGCAUGCAAAACGCUGUUUGUCAUGCGGAAAGCGCACCAGUAAGCAGCGCAAAUAUAUCUCAUGCUUGGCUUUGCAUUACAGGGACUACACUGUUCAUCACAACUCAGCAUUACAAGUUUCCAGACCCAGACAUAUUCGCAUUUGAUACUCCCUGCUCUCCUGGUUCAACUGGUUCGCGAUCACGAGGACCUACAGCAGUUGCCUGGAGCUCUUCCUCACGGUCGCCGGUGUGUACCAUUUUCAGGCCGAGUAUGGAAGUGUCAGGAUUGAAAUCGCGAUCGCCAAAGUUGAAAUAAUUUGUGAUGCAUAAAAUGCAUAGAGCGAAAUACGUGUGUUGCAGAGCAGGCAAGGGAGGCCGAUUGUAAGCCUGUUUGGGGUUAGGGCUCGAGCUGCUAAAGUAGCAUGAGAAAAUCAGCCAUCUUUGCCGAAACAGCAUGACAAACUGGAUUUAGGCAUCACCAAAAUUUGUCAUGCGCCACUUGGAAACUGGGUUCCAACUGGCAUCCAUUUUAUGCAUCACAAACUAUUUCAACUUUGACGAUUUCAAUUCUGACACUCCCAUACCGAAAAACAGGUCGGGCUCGCCGUUUUCCUCGGCGCUCUCGCCUGCGUGGUCCGCCCCACGGCCGCCCUCUUAUGCAUUGCAAACGUAUCUUCGUACUCGUAUAAAUGCAUUACAAAUUUCCUUAGCAUGAGAAAUAAAAUCUAUAAUGCGGAUUCGACUUAACAAGAAAACUUGUAAUGCAUGACUGCAAUACGAGUGCGAUACUUUUGCACAGGAUACCUCUUCUGGGGGACCUAUCUCGUCGUGGCAACGCUGUGUGGGGAGGAUAGAACUGAUGAUGAGGCUUCUGGUCCUGUUGCCGAAAGAAAUAGUAAAGCUUCGCCCUCGAAAAGUACGAAGGAAGUCGCGCUGGCGAAUGAAACGAAAAACAACACCACAACAACUCCCGAAGUAGGUACUAGUUCCACGGGGAGCGAUGCGUCCUCGAAAGGGCUCGUGAUGAAUGAGGUUGAGGACAAGGAUAAGGAACAGAUGAAAGUAGAUAAAGAUUUGAAACUCGAGCGGGCCGACUGCGGAACGAACAUCAUCCUGAAAUUUUCCAAGUACGCGAUUAUCACCACGAUGACCCACUCGGUGUUCGGCCUGUGCCUCGACUCUGCGUGCUACCGCUUGUUUCAUGAACACGGGGAUAAUCUUGAUCACGAUCAUAAAACUUCUGGCUCUUCGCAGCACCAACCCGUAAACACCCUGCUCAACUUCUUCGUAUUCAACCUGUUGAAGGACGGAGGGGCAGCGUACGGCACGCACAAUAUCUACUGGUAUUUUCUGGACGGGCUCGGUGGGUGCUUGACCACUUACCUGCCCCUGGCGCUGUACGGUUUCUUCAAGAUUUUUCCGGCACGAGGAGGCACUAGUGAAAUUGAAAUUAUUCCAGAAGAAAGCGCCGGCGCAACUACCUCUGCCACAGAGCUGCAAGACAAAGCAGAAGGCGAUGAAACCCUAAGUCGGGACAACGAGAACCAAUUUUUCCAGUCGAGCCACGAGCGGAACAUCAAACAUCAGCGCCACACGACCCCGACCGCGAAGAAACGCCUGCGCCCCGUCCUGUUCUCGUUUUUCGUUACGCUACUCGGGCUUUCCCUGGCGAGUCACAAGGAGCACCGGUUUCUCAUGCCGGUAACCUGGGUCUGCCACCUCCUCGCCGCGGAGGCGGGCGUCAGGAUGUGGAACAGCGGGCGGCAGUGCCGCACGGGUUUCUUCUUCGUGUUCCUCUUCCAAAUCGCCUGCGCUGUCUUUUUCGGCUUUCUGCACCAGCGCGGCGGGGACAAGGUGCUGCACUUUUUCCGCGACGAACUCUGGCGCAUGCACGCGGACGCGGCAAAGCUGUCGGCAAAGCGCAUCACUGAGUGUGACCAGGUCGGGCGUUCGCGAAACCGGAUAAAGGGCGAGAUUGUGAAGUGUGUGGAAGCGGAGUCGGGUCGUGCCGAUCAGGUUCUGAAGGAAAUAAGGGCGAAGGGGCAGCAGGACGGGGAGCAUCUUGUUGACAUGGUAAAGGAAAGAACAGCAUCGAGCACGAGUUCGGCUUCAGCACCAAGAACAUCAAAUGCGAACAACGAAAAUUCAACCGUCAACAUCUUCUUCGCGACCGACUGUCACGAAAUGCCGCUCUAUUCCUACUUGCACAGCCUCCCUCCCACCCCGGCGGCAAACUUUGCUUUUCUGGACUGCUCGCCAGCACCAGCGGAUAAUGCUUACAUCAACUCCUCGCCGGGCGGUCGCUCUGCUGCUCGCAAAGGCGUUGGCGGUCGUGUGCGCGACCAGCAGUUCAAGAAUUGGCGCGAUAGGUUCGUUGCCAACCCGGUUGCCGUUCUGGAAACUUUGUUCGAGAAACCGACCGAAGACACGACGACAGCAGAUGGUAUGGCGUUCUCAACUGUUGCAUUCUCAACUGUUACAUGAAUUUGUGAUGCAAGAAUGGCAAAACUGAAAGGGGGAAAGUUGCGCCUUUUGCGUGACAGAUUUGGGACGGAUUGCAGUGCUAUUUAGCGCGUACAGAGGUUGUCAUGCGAAAAAGGCUUGAUUGUGUAAAAAGUGAUAGCGGUUUUGUGUAACAGUUGACAUGUAACAGUUGAGAAUGUAACACUUGAGAACGCCAUAGAGGGUGGCACGACGACGUCGCAUGCAGACUGGCAGCCCGCGAGGAGUUUCUGCAGUGCAAAUCCCGCGAAAAAUACUCUGAUCACCGUGAACUCCGAAUGGCAGCCGCAUUAUUUUAGUACCGCGAGAACGACGAUGACAUCCUCUUCUUCUGGUGAAGCACAAAAGAAGUCUCCGCACAUCAGUAAAAACUUCUCUCCUAAGAAUUUCCCGUACAAGUCCCUCCCCCACUAUCUGGUUUUCACCAGCACUCUGUUUGACCACAGCGAGAAGCAGGAGACCGCUCUGCUCAAAUGGUUGCGCCUCCGCGGCUAUGCAUUGCAAAAGUAUCGCACUCAUGGUAAUUGCUGUGAUGCAUGACAAAUCCUCCAUCUUAGGUGAAUCAGCAUUACAAAUUCUAUUUUUCUUCUUGGAAAAACUUGUCAUGCUAUUCCUACUAGUACGGCUACUUUUGCUAUGCAUAGCGGCUACACCCUGCGCCGCAGCAUGUUUCACGCGCUAUUCCAAACCGAUUCGGUGUUCUUGGACGAACAGAAGGCGGCGCCGAGAAACUUACCCCCCGCCGCGCAGACGCAGGCUUUCGCCGGGGGUCGAAACGUGCUGUCCUACUACUAUCAAAUGCAAAUAUGUCUGUGUCUGGAAGAGUCAUGCUGUUUUUGCAUGACACAGAAGGUCUGGCAUGGAAGCUCUAGCGCCACAGCUUUCGAGAAGCUUCCGCAAUACCGAAUCCGCAUGACAAACCCCCCACUUUGGUGACAGAAAGUGGGCAGCUUUUGCUACCUAUGCAUGAGAUAUUUUUCUACGUUCUGAAAUGCGCAUCACAAGUUUGUAUUCUCGCAGACCCAGAUAUCGCGCUGAAAAAAACUAUCACUAUCACAAAAGCGCCGUUUUUCGACCCAAAAAUACGACUUUUUUUACAAAGAAGCAGCAUUAUUUUUUCAUUUUUUUUCUCGCCGGCAAGGUAAGACCUGAGUAGUGUUUUGAUUGAUUUGGAAUGAUGAAUGUCAGAAGGUAACUGGUGGCCACUUGUGAUGAUUUACCUAGCUAACAGGAAAGAUCUGGCAAGACGCUUGCAGGUUGAGACGCUUGCAGGUUGUGAGCACCGACAACCGAGCACCACCAUCACAAUCCCGGACAUUUUUGAGGACGGCGAGAGCUACCUCCCCAUUCGUUGCGGCCCAGUCAGCCAGCGCCAUGAGGGCGCGGAAGCGUGUCUCCACCAUGCUCGUUAACGACGAGUCUGGAAUUGGUGGGUUUGGUGGAUAAAGAGCGACUUCUCUAUGGCUCGUUUCUCAGACCUGCUCCCAGAUGGAUCUGGGGGCUCGAAGGCCAGGUCUGACAUCCGGAGCCCCCGGGGGCUAGGCCAAAGGCCACAACCUCCGGCAGAAAUUGGUGAUGGCGCAAGCACUAAUUUUUUUGGUGCUCACACUUUGAAAUCACAUUGAUUUUUCUUCUCCGGGGAGGUCAAAAAUGGCGCUUUUUUGUGUGUGAUAGUGUUUUUCAGCCACGGCGCUACGGCGAUUUUGGGUCCCUUUUUGACCCGGGCCGUAGCAUCGUGAUUUGCAUUUUUAAAAAGAGCUGAUUUUCGGUGUUUUCGCAGCAUUAGCUCGCGCUUAAAAACACUACCACACUACACUUUUGAGCGAUUUGUUAUAGAAAAAGUGUAAAAAGGUGUGAAGUUGGUAUUUUUUGAGUGCCGGAAAAAAGUGUGAUAGUGUUUUUCAAACACGGCGGUACGGCCCACAUAGGACCACCGCCAGAAAAAACACUAUCACAGCCAAAAUGAUCGAUUUUCCGGGUUUUUGAAUUUCUUGAAAAAAUUUGCGCGCGCAGUGUUGAAAACCAAAAAAAUCCGGGGAGGACUGGCUGUCGGCAGCCAGAUCCAAAAAGUGGUGUGAUAGUGUUUUUCAAACACGAGCUGAGACUGGCGAUCGAGCCUCACUUUUUGGCCGCCUCUAGCCUCGGAACGGAAGGCAGCUCACCCGCCACCGCCGGAGCAUCAAAUCAGCCCAGGUCUGAAAGCUGGGAAUCAGGUCCAGAAAGUGGCGUGAUAGUUUUUUUCAAACACGGUGGGAGAGUGGCGAUCGCCGCGCACCUUUUGGCCGCCUCCCGCCCCGGGCCGGAAGGGACCGAC